AUGUUGCCCAUCCUUGGACUGUUCCUGCUGUUCCUUGGAAAUGUCAACGCUCAGGGGAAAGAACCUUUGCCGAAACGGUGCGAAAAGAUCUAUGAGAGGUUCAUUAAGGAGCACACCAGAGGUUUGACUUGGAAUGACGAACUGGCGUCCGAAGCUUUGGAUAUGCUGAUGCGGGGAUAUUCUAUGGACUUUUCAUAUGACUUGAAGCUUCUAGUGUCAGGGACGUUUCCGAAGAGUGAUAAUUCGUCAUUGGAGGACAAGGUUUCUCUCACCUUGGAAAGUGCCAUCUUUACACCAGAAUACAAACGGCUUAAACAACUCGCUUAUGGUACUCUCUACGGAUGUGAAGGUAUCAAUAAGACCAAGGGAGAUGAGGAUGUUCUGAUGAUCUUGUGCCUCUUCAAGAAAUCAAUUGAUCUACCAGCAAGCAUGAGAGCAACGUUCGAGAGACUCAAUAGGAAGUACAACAAAUAUUUGGUGUGGGACGAAGAAAUUGCGAGUGACGCGCUGGAGGAAUCAAAAUCGCCAACCAAAGACAAUACUACCUAUCUGAAACUCAGAGCGAGAAUGGUCUUCCGUAAGGAUGAUUCACAGACCUCUCAGGGAAAAGGUUCGCUUAACCUUCAGAAGGUCAGCCUCCUUCGCAACGGCACACUCUACGGAUGCGAUGGGAUCUACGACACGAAGAGAGAUUACAACCAACCUUAUGUCUGUAGUGUGCCUCUAUCAGAAGAGUUACAUUCAGAACUAUUAGUCCGCUUCUGCUGA